CUAAAUAUUAAACAAUAAAACCAUCUCUUGACUAUGGUUUUCCCUCUUUUUUCCUUUGCUUGAACCCUCCAGUUCCAUCGCCUCUCUUACGCUUCAAUCAGAUCAACACUCACAAAACCCUGACACUCGCACCCACAGACUAAACCUCAGUUAUGUUCAUAACCCACCAUCCCCACAAUUUGCUUAGAAUAGUUAAUUAGUUAUUUGUGUUAUUUUUUCUUGUUGGGUAUUUAUGGUCACUGGAAAUACUUCUCACAGAGACGAUGGGGACCGAAACCCACCCGCAGCCGCCGCUUCUAGAGGUGGAGGUGGAGCUACGCGAUCGUGGGGCACCACCGUCUCCGGCCAAUCGGUGUCUACCAGUGGCAGCGUGGGGUCGCCUUCACAGAGCAUGGCCACACCGGGGAGUGACAAUACUUUCUUGAAAUUGAAUCAUCUUGACAUUCAUGGGGAUGAUGCUGGCUCUCAAGGUGCUGCUGGCAAGAAGAAAAAGCGAGGGCAAAGGGCAGUUGGAGGAGAUAAGAGUGGUAGAGGGCUUCGCCAAUUUAGCAUGAAAGUGUGCGAGAAAGUAGAAAGCAAGGGAAGAACCACAUACAAUGAGGUUGCAGACGAACUUGUAGCUGAAUUUGCUGAUCCUAGCAAUAGUUUAGCUUCCCCAGAUCAGCAACAAUAUGACGAAAAAAACAUUCGACGAAGGGUAUAUGAUGCUCUAAAUGUACUCAUGGCCAUGGAUAUCAUAUCUAAGGAUAAAAAGGAAAUACAGUGGAAGGGUCUCCCACGUACUAGCCUGAAUGAUAUUGAAGAAUUAAAGGCUGAGCGUCUUGGACUAAGAAAUAGAAUUGAAAAGAAAACUGCUUAUCUUCAGGAACUAGAGGAGCAAUUUGUAGGACUCCAAAACCUUAUACAACGAAAUGAGCAGUUAUACAGUUCUGGAGAUGCUCCCAGCGGUGGUGUGGCUUUACCUUUUAUUCUGGUGCAGACACGCCCUCAUGCAACUGUUGAAGUGGAAAUAUCAGAAGAUAUGCAGCUGGUGCAUUUUGACUUCAAUAGCACCCCUUUUGAGCUCCACGAUGACAAUUAUGUACUUAAGGCAAUGAAAUUUUGUGAGAGACCACAAAGUGAUAAUAUGGUACCCAAUUUCCCUGUAGAUGGUGGUGAAAGUUCUAGCAUGUCCGGUAUGUAUCAAUCACAACUACUCCUUCCACCGUCAAACACCUUGAGUAGGCCUCCAACCUCACCGCCAAUCCCUGGUAUACUAAAAGCACGUGUUAAACAUGAGCAUUAAUCUGGAAGUUACAAAACUUGAUCAUCUUACCAUAGGCAUUCUCACAGCAUACCUGUAUAUUGUGUAAAGUAAUUUGCCAUGUACCUGGUAGCCCCAGUUAUAGCUAUCUGCACCUCAUUAAUGAGAGGGAAUAUUACAGUAACUAGCAGAUCAUUCUUCCUGUGUUGGGAUGUCCACUGGGUUUUGGCUCUGGCAAAUUCUGUGGUUUUUAUAUUUGUAGCCAUUGUAAUUGUUUUAGCAUAAUUUUUCCUGUCAUUUUAUUUCCAUUGUAGAAGAUUGAGUUUAUUUGUAUUGAACUGUGAAGGAUUCUCCAGCUGCAUACAGAAUCAUAGAAUUAAUUUUAACA